AUGAGUACACGCAAUCGAACACCGCCACUCCUUGAACCAUACCUCCGUCUACCUUCUGAAGCAUCACAGCUGCUCUUGACGGGCGUCCUCGACUCGUCUCCACAAUGGCUUGUGACCCGCCUCCUACGUAGCGCAUUUACUCCUUCGGAAGAAAUAGAAGCACCGGAAGAGCAGGAUGUUAGUGUGAUAUUGGUAUCAUGGCUACGCGACUGGGAGUUUUGGAAGAGCGAGGCCAGAAGAGGUGCUGGCAUCGAUCUCGCGCGUCUGGCACAGCAAGACAAAUUCUUCUUUGUCGAUGGAUUGACCCAUCUCUUCCCUGUCGCGACCUCGACGCCUGCUGCACCUUCACCAAAAGCAGCACCACCAACAGCACAGAGGACUCUACCCAUUAGAAAUGCACCUGCCUCGCCUAUACCGAACAGAGGUGGCCCUCUACCAUCUCGAGGUCCUCUACCCUCUCGCGGUCCUCCUGCUACCACACCUUCGCAACCACAACCACAACCACAACCACAACCACAACAAUCCGCAGCUCCUUCACCACAACAACAAUCCACCCAACCCUCAAAUACAACCCACCUAAAAGACGCCUCGCUAAUCUCCGUUUACAAAACCCUCUCCACCAAAAUCUCCUCCCUCUUAACCUCGCAUCCGACCAGAAAGAUCCACCUAAUCCUCGACUCGCCAACCCUCCUGCUCUCCACCUCUUCCUCCCCCUCCGCUUCCUCCCUAUCCUCCCUCCUCCUCUCUCUCCGCUCUCUUGUCACAACAUCAACUUUGAUCCUAGAAGCCGAUACACCAUUUCUCUCCGCCGCUCUUCCUGACACGCAUACACAGCCUACACCUUUAGAGGCAGCUCAUGCGGCUUUUGUGGUUCAACAGGCUCAUAUCAGUAAAUGGGUGUUGAGUUUACGGCCGCUUGAUACGGGCAAGGCCAGGGAUGUUAGUGGUGUUAUCAGAGUGAGCAGAGGUGGGGCUUGGGAUGAUGAUGGGGAUGAGAUUGAAGGCAAGGAAAAGGAGAUGAAGGAGUUGGAAGCAUUGUAUUUUGUGCAGAAUGAUGGUGGUGUCAAGGUGUUUGAGAGGGGUGAGGCUAGUGUUGGGUAG